AUGGUGAACACCACUCAGAUCAAGGACGGCUGGUCCUUCACAAAAGUUCCCGAACACGGCACAAACGAAAAAGAGGAGUGGAUCAAGUGUUCAGUACCGACCGAUGUUCAUACCGAAUUGAUCAAGGCUAAGAAGAUCAAGCAUCCAUACAAGGAUCUCAACGAAUGGGACGUACAAUGGAUUCCACUCGCCGACUGGCAGUUCAAGACCACCUUCAAGGUCACCGACUCUCAGCUCUCAGAGCAAUGUGUCGAUCUAGUCUUUGAGGGUCUCGAUACCUACUGUGACAUCACAGUGAACGGCAGAAAAGUCGGAUCCACCGACAACAUGUUCAUCGGCCACCGGUUUGCAGUCAAAGAUCUGUUGAAAGCCGGUAAUAAUGAGCUCGUGCUCGACUUUGAGUCACCGAAAAGAGCGGCCUUGAGAGAAGAGCAUGACAAUGGUGGACCAAUGACUUUUUCGAACGGAUUUUCUGAGCGUAUCUAUUCCAGAAAGGCGCAGUAUCAUUGGGGCUGGGACUGGGGUCCAACGAUCAUCUGCGUGGGACCAUGGCUUCCUGUUUCACUGGAAAGCUACUCGUAUCGAAUCGCAGAUGUGCAUAUCAGCAGUGAUCUGGAAGGUCCCGACUUCAAGACUGCUACGUUGAAGGCCACGACUAAACUCGCAGACGAUUCUGCCCCCCUCAACGGCCAUAAGCUAGUUUAUACGCUCAAGGAGCGAGAUGGACACAAGGUCGUUGAGCAAGCGACUCUUGGUGUUGACGAGAAGGUGGAUUGGAAGUUCGGAAAGGGAGAGAUUGAGGGUUGGUACCCUCGUAACUAUGGAGCGCAGACACUUUACGAGCUAGAGACGGCUCUGAUCGAUAGGACCGGCAACGCCGUUGCCAGCAAGACAUCCCGAGUCGCCUUCAGACACGCCGUUGUCGUCCAGGAUCCGCUUGAAGGUCAAGAGGGAACCAGUUUCCUCUUCGAAGUCAAUGGCAUCAGGAUCUUUUGUGGUGGUUCAAAUUGGAUUCCAGCGGACAAUUUCCUCACUCAGAUCUCUCCUGAACGCUACCGUGCCUGGAUUGAGCUCAUGGUGAAAGGUAACCAGAACAUGCUUCGAGUGUGGGGAGGUGGUAUCUAUGAAAGCCAGGCCCUGUACUCUGCCUGUGAUGAGCUGGGAGUGCUGGUAUGGCAAGACUUCAUGUUCGGCUGUGCUCUGUACCCAUCGUACCCCAAGAUCAAUGCGAGCAUCAAGCGCGAGGCCGAAUCGGUCGUUACUAGACUCCGUGACCACCCAUCGGUUGUGAUCUUCGCAGGCAAUAAUGAGGACUAUCAGGUCGCCGAGAGCGAGGGUGUCAUGGACUACAACGACAAUUCGGGUGACUACAUGCACAGCAAGUUCCCUGCGAGGCAUAUCUACGAGAUUCUGCUCCCCGAGGUCGUCGAAAGACUCUCGAACAUUCACUAUCACCGAUCGAGUCCAUAUGGAGGCAAAAACACCACCGACCCGACUGUCGGUGAUAUCCACCAGUGGAACGUUUGGCAUGGAACUCAGAAUCCAUGGACCGAGUGGGAUAUCCUGAGUGGACGCUUUGUCUCCGAAUUUGGAAUGCAAGGAUACCCUGACAUUCGUACCGUGCAAGAGUGGACCGAUGACAAAUCUCAACUGUUCCCUCAAUCCCGAAUAGCCGUUCAGCACAACAAGGCUACCGGCUUCGAAAGGCGAUUGGAAUUGUAUUUGAUGGAAAAUUACAGGCACGCGUUCGACAUGGAGUCUUACGUCUACUACACCCAGGUCAUGCAGGCGGAGUGUAUUUCCGCCGCUUACAGACUCUGGCGACGGGAAUGGCGGGGGCAUGGCCGAGAAUACGUGGCUGGCGCAUUGGUCUGGCAGCUCAACGACUGCUGGCCAUGUGUCAGCUGGGCCAUCUGUGAUUAUAAUCUCCGACCAAAGCCAUGCUUCUUCGCUGUUGCUCGCGAGUUAGCUACUUACACAGUCGGAAUUGCCAGGAAGAUGGUACACGACAACCCUGGAGGCAAGGAUCCAUUUGCCUCGGGCAAGAUCCACGAGGAGAUACAAUUAUGGGGCUGCAAUUCGUCAUUAAAGCCGAAGCGGGCCACUUUGAGACUCGUCUCGUUUGAUCUGCAAGGUGGUGAGGUCGAUUCUCGCGACAUUAAAGUGGACCUCGCCCCCAACUCGUCGAUCGAAAUAUGGAAGGGUGAUGUACCCGGCCAAGUUGUCCGCAGGAACGAAGGCUCGGCCCCCAAAGCCAUCGUCGUCCAAGCUCGACUCAUCGAUGACAAAGGUGCUGUUCUUGCCCGAUAUUCCAGCUGGCCCGAACCAUUCAAGUAUCUCACGUUCCCCGAUCCAUCCCUCAAAAUACAGAUCAAGGGAGAUGAGGUGACUUUGAGCUGCUCGAAGCCUAUGAAGUCUCUGGUCUUUGACGUUGAGAGCGGUGAUGAGUGCCAUUGGAGCGACCAGACCAUCGACUUGUUCCCUGGUGAUCCUCAGGUCAUCACCGCCAAGGGAUUGAACGGAAGAAAGAUCAAGGUCAGGCAUCUGGGAGAUGGCAGCGCGUGA